CAGUUAAUUACUUGAGCUAAAAAAACAAAACUCAGCCUCACUUACUAGCACAAACUACCUUGCCUCCUUCGCGGGCUUCUCUUUCUCAAACGCCUUAUUUCCAAUUUUACCGUCAUCUGAACGCCGUCGUUUUAUCGUGAUAGCAACUGGACACCACACACUUGACUCUACAAUUAUUAUGCCUUUCCCGAUACCGGAAUGUUUGUUAUUUUCUGUGCUCAGAUGAUUCGGUGCUGAUAGAAUGGGGUGUGUUUUAGGCAUAGGAGAUCGCCGGACUGAGAAUUCCUCUUGCGCCGUCACCGAAGACGUCAACCACGUCGUCAGAGUUAAGAAGGAGGAGAAAACGACGAAGAGAAAUGACGCAAGACGACACAGCGGAGACUUUCCACCGCCGGAGCGACGAAUAAUUGGGAUGGAGACUCAGCAGGGAUGGCCGUCGUGGCUCAUGGCCGUCGUCGGUGAUGCCAUCCGUGAUUGGACUCCACGCCGCGCAAGCACAUUCGAGAAACUCGACAAAAUUGGACAGGGGACGUAUAGCAAUGUGUACAAAGCUCGGGAUCUUGUGACAGGGAAAAUAGUGGCAUUAAAGAAGGUUAGGUUUGAUAAUUUAGAGCCAGAGAGUGUUAAGUUUAUGGCAAGAGAGAUACUUGUAUUGAGAAAGCUUGAUCAUCCCAAUCUGAUUAAGCUUGAGGGUUUGGUUACUUCAAGAAUGUCUUGUAGUCUUUACCUGGUUUUUGAGUACAUGGAACAUGAUCUUGCUGGUCUUGCUGCUUGCCAAACUGUCAACUUCACUGAGCCCCAGAUCAAAUGCUAUAUGAGGCAGUUGUUGUCUGGGCUUGAGCAUUGCCAUAACCGAGGUGUCUUGCAUCGCGAUAUCAAGGGUUCCAAUUUGCUUAUUGACAAUGAGGGGAUACUGAAAAUUGCUGAUUUUGGAUUGGCAACUUCCUAUGAUCCUAGGAACAAGCAACCCAUGACUAGUCGAGUAGUCACCCUUUGGUACCGUCCCCCAGAACUCCUUCUUGGGGCCGCAUACUAUGGUGUAGGGGUUGACCUAUGGAGUGCUGGGUGCAUUUUGGCAGAGUUGCUUGCUGGCAAGCCAAUAUUGCCUGGAAGGACAGAGGUUGAACAAAUCCACAAGAUAUUUAAGCUGUGUGGCACCCCAUCAGAGGAAUAUUGGAAGAAAUUCAAAUUGCCAAAUGCAUCACUUUUUAAGUCUCAGCAGAUAAAAAAACGCUGUGUAGCUGAAACCUUUAAGGAUUUCCCACCUUCUUCCUUACCUCUAGUAGAAUCUCUUCUUUCAUUAGAUCCUGAUGAACGGGGCACUGCUACUACAGCUUUAAAUAGUGAAUUCUUUACCACGGAACCUUAUGCUUGUGAGCCGUCCAGUUUACCAAAGUAUCCUCCCAGCAAAGAAAUGGAUGUAAAAUUGAGAGAUGAAGAAGCAAGAAGGCAAAGAGGUCUAAGUGGGAAAGCCAGUGCCGUUGAUGGUGCCAGGAGAGUUAAAGUUCGUGAUCGGGUUGGUCGGGCUAUUCCCGCUCCUGAAGCUAAUGCAGAGAUUCAAGCUAACUUAGAUAGAUGGAGAGUCUUGACACAAGGGAACGCUAAGAGCAAGAGUGAGAAAUUUCCUCCUCCCCAUCAGGAUGGAGCUGUAGGACACCCCCAAAACGCAUCAGGUAAUGUACCUGAUAUUUUUAUUACCUCAUCAACUUUCAACCCAAAGACAUCAUCAGCAUCUGCCAAAAGCACUGGAACUUUUGGGGGCUCUUCUAGAAAAAUAGAACCCAAUAAGGAGGAUCCUUGCAUGGCUCCUCCUCGGAACUUCAUCCGUGGUUUCAAGCCUACCUCAAUAGGACUAUCUUUGGAUAUGAUUUUCAAAGGAAAAUCUAAAUCUGAGGUUUUUGGCAGUCAAAAAACAGAGAAUGAUGGAAUUGGUUAGCACGUUGUUAUUUUUCUCUUCAUCGGUUUAGGCACUUAUUUUCUUGUUUUGUCACAGUAGUCCAUUUUUUGCCAAUAAAAUUCUGUUCAAUUCUACCUCAGCGUUAGAAGUAUUUAGGAUACAAUUGCCACCCCACGUGAUGUAUAAUCCUUGCCGAUGAACAACUCACCACUGUGUACAGUUUUUGGAAGAUUGUUAGCUUUAUUAAUAUUGAAGGUAGAUUUUUUCUUUCCAA